ACGCGAGCCCUGGACCGGAAGCGGCGGGUGGCUGUGGCGCCAGGCCGGGCAGGAAGAUGCCAGUGGCGGUGAUGGCGGAAAACGCCUUCAGCUUUAGAAAGCUGCUGGAGCAGUGCGAGACGCAGGAGCUGGAGGCUCCAGGGGGAAUUGCGACACCGUUAGUCUAUGGUCAGCUCCUAGCUUUAUACCUGCUGUACAAUGACAUGAAUAAUGCACGGUAUCUUUGGAAAAGAAUUCCCCCUGCUAUUAAAUCUGCAAAUUCUGAACUUGGUGGGAUUUGGUCAGUGGGACAGAGAAUCUGGCAGAGAGACUUCCCAGGGAUCUAUACCACAAUCAGUGCACAUCAGUGGUCUGAGACUAUUCAACCAAUCAUGGAAGCACUAAGAGAUGCAACUAGGAGACGAGCUUUUGGAUUAGUUUCUCAGGCAUAUACUUCAAUAGUUGCCGAUGAUUUUGCAGCCUUUGUUGGACUGCCUGUAGAAGAAGCCGUGAAAGGUGUAUUGGAACAAGGCUGGCAAGCAGACUCAGCAACUCGUAUGGUAAUGCCUAAAAAGCCAGGUGCACUGGAAGCUUCCUUUAACAGGUUUAAUCCUUCUUCAGAACCUGCUCCAGUUCCACCAAUUCCUAAUGAACAGCAAUUGGCCAGACUGACUGACUAUGUGGCUUUUCUUGAAAACUGAUUGUCCCAGUCCUGAUUUCAGGACAGAAUCUGAGAAUCCUGUGUACUGGUAGUGCUGGAAGUCUAAAACUUAUUUUUAUCCUAUUUGUUCAAUGUUGCAGCAUCCCCUACUGGAAUGUGUUAAAUAUUUAUAGUGUAUAUUUUGUCCCUUUGUGUUUUUAUAAGGUCUGAAGUUGAAACUGUCCCUUAACUCCAAUGCUAUUUAUCCAUUAGGAGUGCAGAAGUAUUAUAAGUCAAGUUUUAUUCCCCUGCAACUCGCAUAAUGGGAAAGGGCAUAUCUCUCAAAGUAUACUUUAAUAAAGCAGCAGAUGUAGAAGGGAAAUGGCUCCCAACAGCAAGACAUGUUAACUGAUAGGUCUCUUGUGCUGGUCAUCUUGAUACUUCCCUUGUCGUCAGUGCAGUGCUUGCUUGAAAAUAAGACACCUGUCACAAACAGGUUAAGUAUAAAGAAGGGACAACUAUUCUACCUACAUCACAAGAUAAACCAUUGUGACCUAAGAUAAGUAGUUAUGAUCUACACAUGACCGAAAAACUAAUCUAUAGUAUCCAUUAUUUUUCUAAACAGUUCCUGUUGUUCUCAGGGGGGAAGGGGGUUAUUUAAUUGGUCAUUCUUAUAUCCUAUUGCUUACCAACUUGCGGGUCAUCGUCUUCUUCCCACAUCUGGAAAGAAUUGUUUUGUAGCACAAUGCACAGCAGAAUUAUGCGUUUGUGGUACCUAGAUAAUCAGCUUCAGAGGCAUUGAGGGAUAAAAUGCAAAUGUGUACUUUGUUUUGCAAAAGCAUUUUCAUUUUGAAAGGCUGUAAUUUUUAAGGGCAACCACAUUUAAGACUCCAAUCUGAUAUUUUGCUUUUGUAACUCUUUAAAAAAGGCCAUUAGAGCCAUGGUACUCUGUAUCCACUAUGUUAAGGGUUGGCUUUACCAGUAAUGGCUCUGCCUGUCUUGAGCUGGCUGGAUUUCUCUUGUAGUUGAGUAGAUGGCCUUAAGUAAAACCUACUUUAUGCUGCAAUGUAGUUUAUGUACUUCUUGCACCAGAGCACUGCUAUAUUAAUCCUUGAAUUCAGUAUGAACUUCAGAAGUGGAAAGGAAGCAUAUGCAUUUACUUGCCUCUGAUGCGAAUAUAAAAAUAUAAAAUGGGACUUUGGGUAAACAGUGGUGCUUUAAAGGGCAGUGUAUGCUUUUAUCCACCUCUCUCUCCCUUCACUUAGUUUUCAACAUCACGUUCAGUGGUUUGUCACAUGAAGAUGGCAGGUUCCUGUUAUCUGUAGUGACACUUUCUCCCAGUGUGCACUACCUACUGUACAUUAUUGUGUGUACAAGGGAGAGGGGUCUUAAACUGUGCACUGUUGUUUUCAGAGCCCCUUUUCUGAGUAACCAUUUCCUCUCAAAAGAUUUAUUUAUUUGAAACCCAUCCAAGCUUGGGAUCUUUAAAUACGAUGCAGAUAUUUGUGAUAUUAAAACAUGUUUACACUAA